AGUGAGACUCUUGAUUCAUUGUUUGUAGAUAGGAAAAGGGUAUGAAGAAUAGAUCUGACUCUAUGACCCUAUCGGUAAACCUACACAGUCGUUUCAUAUCGUCCAAAUCGGUUUGCCAUGUUCCCACCUCCUAUCUCGCAGUUAUGCACGAACUGCUCACGAGUUCUCGAUAUCGACUUGUUGCUGGACCAUAACCCCAUCAACAACAAAGGUUACCGCCCAUACGAUAUGGACAAAGAGCUGUACCGAUUUCAAGACACUUGGCCAGAACUACCAGGCCUUGCAGAUUCCGGCUGUGGAUUAUGCAAGUUGAUUCGAGACACCUUUGCUUCCCGGUCUCUUUCAACCGAAUACAAGGGGCGUAUUACUGGCUUGCUGACAAGGUUCGCGACAUCGAUUCAAGAGAAGCCGAGGAAGGUUUUCUAUUACUCCAUAAGGAUAUAUGGCGAAUCGGAAGGGUACGUGGACUGGUCCACGGUGCUGGCGCAUGCACAGUUCUUGCCCUGCUCUCAUGAUGAUGAUAUGCCGUUUCUGCGCCCUCCUCCUACAGAAGUUCUGUCUGAACAAACACUGAACUUCAUGAGAAAGUCCAUUGACCAGUGUGCAUCGACCUGUCAUCCAUGGGAGCCUUCUGGCUCUACUCCCUCGCGACUUCUCGAUAUGUCGGAUUAUCAAACCAAAGGACGCAUCAAGCUCGUGCAGACGGAGAAGUUGCCAAGAGUCAAAUAUGCAGCGCUGAGCUACUGUUGGGGAAAUGCAGACGACGCAGCGUAUCAACCUAAGACAAAUUCCGCCAAUUUAUCUGAGAGAAUUAGCGGCUUUAGUAUCGACACCAUGUCUCCCGUUGUUCGCGAUGCUAUCACAACUUGUGAGGCGUUGGGGAUACGUUACUUAUGGGUUGAUGCACUCUGUAUUCUACAGGGAAAGGCUGAUGUCGCGGACUGGGACAUUGAAAGCCAGAAGAUGACUGACAUCUUUCGCAACGCAUAUAUUACGAUUUGCCCGUCCUCCUCCAAGGGUUGCCGGGAAGGCUUUCUGGGUCAACGACAGCUGCACCCUGGCAUUCGUGUCAAGACCCCCGUCACCUCAAAUGCAGUGUUCCAAAAGGAGAGUCGAGAAUACUGUAUUCUUCCAUACGUUGAAUAUAAUAAGGACACAACCUCCGUCAUUUUCAGCCACGAGUUUACAGAUUCGAAAUGGUAUACUCGGGCUUGGGUAUGGCAGGAAGUCAACUUUUCACCCCGACUCGUUAUUUUCUCCCCGACGUUCGUCUUUUAUCGGUGUCCAGAGAAUUUACUCUGCGAGAACGGCGCCACAAAAACAACAAUGUAUGUCCAAAAAGGCAUAGGAGAAUACCACAGCAAACGAUAUCAAGAUGCACAGCCAUUCGCCUUUUUUCGAGCCUGCGUGGAAGAUAUCUCAAGCAAGGACAUCAGCUUCGAGUCUGAUCGUUUAGCUGCAGUGGCAGGUGUUGCAAAACAAGUUGCUCAAGCGACAGGGAGUGAAUAUGCUGCAGGUCUAUGGGUUGAGGAUAUUUACAAAGAUCUAAUCUUUGAGAGAAAUCUUCGUGAGAGAAACAAUCGUGACAAGGGCGGGCUCGUGAGGUACAUCGAGUCAUUGAGGACCAGACACUCUGCUAUAGGACCUACGUGGUCUUGGCCUGGGCAUAGAGGCGGAGUCCGUUGGGACUCGAACUUCUCGUCAGUGGACCGCGAGACUUUGGAGCUUAGCGGUGGAGAUUGGGAGUAUGAGUGCAAAUAUAUUGACAUCACCACCGAUAAAGUAGGAGAAAACCUGUUUGGUCAAGUAAGCCGGGGCUGUUUGGCUGUUACUACCAAAAUGGCAUCUUUGACGGAAAUUGCAGCACUUCACGACGGAGAUGACGAGGAACUUAUUAAGGAGAUGUUGAUUACGCCCGAGUAUAGCAGUCAGGUCGCUUGCGGUAUCAACUGGAACUGGGACGUUGAUAACGCUGAGACUCCAAGCCAUCUCGCAGAUAAGAUUCUGGUUAUGGCAUUCUCUAGCUGCUUAUAUGGACGCAGUGAUAUCAGAAACUUGUACGGAUUGAUGGUGUAUCCGGCGGAGAAAGAGGGUGAAUAUUACCGAGUAGGAUCCUUCGAGGCACAGAGUGCAGAUGAUGAUGAGGAGGGCGAGGAUACUGGGGUACUUAUGGCACAGAAGUGGAAAGAAAGAAGUAUUGUCAUCAUUUAG